AUGUCAUUUGGAGGGGACACCGGACUUGAUUCAUCAUCGUCGCCCAAUAUCGUCGGCAAUGGCAACAAUGGCGAGACAAUCGGAAGGCCUGCAACUCCUCAAGAUGCAGCCACGAAAGCGGUUCACGAUGUUACAAGCUCCGAGGUGAUUGAGUCAACCAAUUGGAAUAUCAACCUUGUUGAACCGGUUGAAACAGAGCAUUGCUUCCGCAAAGGCAGUCCCCCCCGAACUUUCAACGUCUGCAUAGAUAUGGAGCUGACUUCUUCGAAACAGGAGUUCGCACUUUUCCUCAAAAAAAGGUCCAUAAUGGAAGAGGAACAUUCGAAUGGAUUAAAAAAGCUGUGUAAAGCAACUGGAGAUAAUAUUCGCAAACCAGAGCAUCGCCAUGGUUCAUUCCUGCAGUCAUAUGAAGAGAUUCUUAUUAUACACGAGCGAAUGGCCGAAAACGGGGCUCAAUUUGGCGUGUCUCUACAUCAGAUGCAUGAAGACCUUAUUGAAAUGGCUUCGAAUAUAGAGAAGGGUAGGAAGCACUGGAAAAAUACUGGCUUGGCAGCAGAGCAGCGUGCUGCUGACACGGAAGCCGCCAUGAGAAAGUCAAAGGCGAAAUAUGAUAGCUUGGCGGAUGAGUACGACAGAGCUCGCACCGGAGAUAGGCAACCGGGCAAGAUAUUUGGCCUCAAGGGACCUAAAUCGGCAGCGCAACAUGAAGAGGACCUUCUCCGUAAGGUUCAGGCUGCAGAUGCAGAUUAUGCAGCGAAGGUACAAGCUGCACAAAGCCAGCGCUCUGAGCUCUGGUCAAAGUCAAGACCCGAGGCGGUGAAAGCGCUAGAAGAUCUCAUUCAGGAGUGUGACUCUGCAUUGACAUUACAAAUGCAGAAAUUUGCGUCCUUCAACGAAAAGUUACUUCUUAGCAAUGGUUUGAACAUAAGCCCUAUCAAAGCCAAAGAACAAGGCACCUCGAAUCGUAGUCUGCGUGAAGCUGUUCAUGCCAUCGAUAACGUUAAAGACCUGAGCAACUACAUCAGUAGCUUUGCCGGUAAGGUACCAUCACGGGUCACGGAAAUAAGAUACGAGCGUAACACGGUCUUGCAACCUGCAGCAAAUAUUGCCCAACGACAAUCAGACCCCAACGCUCUCAACUCUCGACAAGGACCAGGAAUAUCAUCUCAGCAACCUCAUCAGGUGCAUGUAAGCCAAACCUUUAACCAAGGCACUCCGCAAACACACCAGCACGAAAGAAGUUUUAGUCACGGCCCCUCUCUUUCGCAACACAUCGUUCCAACUGUUGCAUCGCCCACGGCGCCAACAUCCACCUCCCCUGACUUCACCACCUGGUCACCUCGUACAGAUGGGCCUCCUCAAAUCUCAACAUUGCCGUUUCAGCCACUGCCUCAGAACGAGACAGUUUUGCAACAAACACCACCAAAUCCUACGACUCAUGCUCCAGCAUCCCAUGGACCACCUUCGGCACUAUUAUCUGGACCAGGACCUCCGGCUUCAGGCAAUAAUACACAUCUAGCGCCUUUGAAACCAGUAUUUGGGCUUAGCCUCGAGGAGCUCUUUGAGAGAGAUGGCUCUGCUGUUCCUAUGAUUGUCUAUCAAUGUAUUCAAGCAGUUGACCUCUUUGGGCUCGAGGUUGAAGGGAUAUACCGACUAUCUGACGCAUCUAAGGUGGACUUUCGUAACCCUGAAAGCUUCUUCCACGACGUUAAUAGUGUCGCUGGCCUUUUGAAGCAGUUUUUUCGAGAGCUCCCAGACCCUCUACUGACUAGUGAACAAUACCCCGCAUUCAUCGAGGCCGCAAAGCAUGAUGAUGAAACAGUCCGUCGCGACUCUCUUCAUGCCAUCAUUAAUGGCCUCCCCGAUCCUAACUAUGCUACUUUGCGCGCCUUAACCUUACAUUUAAAUCGAGUGCAGGAAAGUUCGGCGUCUAACAGGAUGACUGCAAGCAACCUGGCUAUUGUAUUUGGACCUACUCUCAUGGGAGCUAAUUCUGGACCAAACAUACAAGAUGCUGGGUGGCAGGUUCGCGUCAUUGACACCAUUUUGAACAACACCUAUCAGAUAUUUGAUGACGACUGA